ACAACUAACAAGUAGCUCACGGUUAAAUACUACCAUAAAUGAAACGUUUUAGCGCGCCUGACAAUAAAUAUUAGCAUUAUGUAAACCACACUUCAAUCAUCUCUAGCAGCCGCUCAGUGCAAUGGUUGGCCAUGCUGGCUAUGUUGUUCUGCACAAGCCAAUAAUAGUCUAGCCAAGACCGGUACGGCAGUUAAAAGUAUUUCUGUUGCUUGCUACGCGAUCUGUUCCCAUAUGUAAUUGAAAUGUCGCGAGGCGUGAUCGCGAAGUGAAUUGCUCUCUACUUGCUUUCGGCAUUCGAUUGGCAUCCCGUACAGUGCGCCCGCAAAGCCGAUAGUUGCUGAGGUUUACCUGGUUUACCGCCGAUUGCCUGAUCGGCAGGACAAGACCGAUCAGCCGGCGCUUUUACGGAGUGCCUGGGGGGACUUCUAAAACAGCGUUCUCUGCUCGUAGCUACCCAGCAUGGACGCUGAAGCAGAGGCUCGGCUCACGCUUACGGAGCUGUUGCGGCUAGUCCGCGAAGAACCGUGGCAGCAAGCCCAAGAGCUGUUGGACCUCGUGAGGGCCCGCGGCAAGAACCUCGCGCCCCUGUCACCCAGUGCCAACGUAGUGCGCCGUGUGUUACGUCUCAUUCGCGACGAGUAUGCCAGCGCCUACUGGGGUCGUCAGGUGGAGGCCGACAGGGACUCGCUUCAGAAGCUCCUGUCGGCACGUGACGACUCGGUCAGCGACUACACGCGACCACUUCCAGGGCUGCGUGAACAGCUGCUGGACAGUCUUGAUGAGCUCGAGCGCGAGCUGCGGCACAGCGCCGAGAAUGUGGCCGCCCAGGGCCCUGAGCACAUUCAGUCCGGAGACCUGCUUCUUACUCAGGGGAGAUCGCGCACCGUGGAGGCUUUCCUCAAAAGGGCUGCCCAGAGCCAGCGCACAUUUCAGGUUCUGGUGGCAGAAGGGGGACCGCGCUGCGAGGGCGUGCAGCUCGCGGAGUCCUUGGCACGUGUGGGCAUCGCAACCACUCUGGUCCCGGACUCUGCGAUCCUGGCUCUAAUGCCUCGGGUGAGCAAGGUGAUCCUGGGAACGGACUGUGUCCUGGCGGACGGAGGCCUUCAGGCUCCUUGUGGCAGCCACGCCUUGGCCCUGGCUGCGCGACACUGUGCGGUGCCGCUACUGGUGUGCGCGCCGGGGGCCACGCUGAGUCCGCAGCUGCCCUGCUCGGAGAGCGCCUACCAGCAGCUGGGAUCUCCGGAGCCCCUCGGGCCGGAGCCGCGCUCAGGAGCGCUCCUGCUCAACCCGGCCUCCGACUGCGUGCCACCGGACCUCGUUCCGCUGCUGGUGACGAGCGCCGGUGGGCACGCCCCCUCUUACGUCUACAGGCUGCUCAGCGAGGUCUACCAUCCUGACGACCACGCAUUGACUGCUUCCUGAAAGGAGGAAUAAACAAUACAGCGAGAGUGCGCGUUGGAAUAAACGGGCACCUUUAUUAAAGGCCAUGCUCACAAUAUG